GCCACUGUAGCGCGAGACCAGCUACAGAAUAGUCUAAAUACCAGGACCACAGAGAGAGACCAGCUACAGAAUAGUCUAAAUACCAGGACCACAGAGAGAGACCAGCUACAGAAUAGUCUAAAUACCAGGACCACAGAGAGAGACCAGCUACAGAAUAUUCUAAAUACCAGGACCACAGAGAGAGACCAGCUACAGAAUAGUCUAAAUACCAGGACCACUGAGAGAGACCAGUUAAAAACCAGGCUUAGGUCCUAUGGUGAGUGCAGUCUUUUAUUUUCUUAAUUUACAAGUAUCAUUUUAUUUCAUACUUAGAAGAGAUGUAAUUUAUUUGUAGACUUUGAAAUGCCUGCUGUUCUAUUUCAUUUAUUUCAGAGAAACCCUGUCUGAAUGAAUGGUGGAAGUUUGGCACCAGCUGUUAUUAUGUCUCCUCCACGAGGGACUCUGCCGGGGACGGUCAGCAGCAGUGCAGAGCAAUGGGUGGAGAGUUGGUUGUUAUCAACAGCAGAGAAGAACAGGUAAUAGAGAAUACAUUAGUAAUGCUAUAAUACUACUGUUUCUUUAGUAUUAUUAUAAUUAUUAAUCAUUAUCUACAUCUCUGAUUAGUAUUCAAUGUGUAAAUAAUUGUAUCACCAAUGUUCAUGUCACUGUCAAUUUAUAGAAUAUACUUCCUGUCAGCAAAGCAAGUUUGCAUGAGAGUAUAUACAGUGGGGAGAACAAGUAUUUGAUACACUGCUGAUUUUGCAGGUUUACCUACUUACAAAGCAUGUAAAGGUCUGUAAUUUUUAUCAUAGGUACACUUCAACGGUGAGAGACGGAAUCUAAAACAAAAAUCCAGAAAAUCACAUUGUAUGAUUUUUAAGUAAUUAAUUUGCAUUUUAUUGCAUGACAUAAGUAUUUGAUCACCUACCAACCAGUAAGAAUUCCGGCUCUCACAGACCUGUUAGUUUUUCUUUAAGAAGCCCUCCUGUUCUCCACUCAUUACCUGUAUUAACUGCACCUGUUUGAACUCGUUACCUGUAUAAAAGACACCUGUCCACACACUCAAUCAAACAGACUCCAACCUAUCCACAAUGGCCAAGACCAGAGAGAUGUGUAAGGACAUCAGGGAUAAAAUUGUAGACCUGCACUAGGCUGGGAUGGGCUACAGGACAAUAGGCAAGCAGCUUGGUGAGAAGGCAACAACUGUUGCCACAAUUAUUAGAAAAUGGAAGAAGUUCAAGAUGACGGUCAAUCACCCUCGGUCUGGGGCUCCAUGAAAGAUCUCACCUCGUGGGGCAUCAAUGAUCAUGAAGAAGGUGAGGGAUCAGCCCAGAACUACACGGCAGGACCUGGUCAAUGACCUGAAGAGAGCUGAGACAACAGUCUCAAAGAAAACCAUUAGUAACACACUACGCCGUCAUGGAUUAAAAUCCUGCAGCGCACGCAAGGUCCCCCUGCUCAAGCCAGCGCAUGUCCAGGCCCGUCUGAAGUUUGCCAAUGACCAUCUGGAUGAUCCAGAGGAGGAAUGGGAGAAGGUCAUGUGGUCUGAUGAGACAAAAAUAGAGCUUUUUGGUCUAAACUCCACUCGCAGUGUUUGGAGGAAGAAGAAGGAUGAGUACAACCCCAAGAACACCAUCCCAACCGUGAAUCAUGGAGGUGGAAACAUCAUUCUUUGGGGAUGCUUUUCUGCAAAGGGGACAGGACGACUGCACCGUAUUGAGGGGAGGAUGGAUGGGGCCAUGUAUCGCGAGAUCUUGGCCAACAACCUCCUUCCCUCAGUAAGAGCAUUGAAGAUGGGUCGUGGCUGGGUCUUCCAGCAUGACAACGACCCGAAACACACAGCCAGGGCAACUAAGGAGUGGCUCCGUAAGAAGCAUCUCAAGGUCCUGGAGUGGCCUAGCCAGUCUCCAGACCUGAACCCAAUAGACAAUAUUUUCUGGAUUUUUGUUUUAGAUUCCGUCUCUCACAGUUGAAGUGUACCUAUGAUAAAAAUUACAGACCUCUACAUGCUUUGUAAGUAGGAAAACCUGCAAAAUCGGCAGUGUAUCAAAUACUUGUUCUCCCCACUGUAUAUACCUAUACUAUAGUAUAGCAGCUGAGGCUGCAACCUGAUCUCAUAGUUUCACUUCGACAUUCAACGUAAUCUGGAUCAAAGUCUAUUUUUGACGCAUUCAUUCCAUGUGGUUACAGGGUUAAUUCUGUGAGGUUACAGGGUUAAAACAGAAACAACUCAAAGGGUUAUGGUUAGGGGUUAAGGUUAGGGCAAUUGGUUGGGGAAGGCUUCAAACAAAAAUGAUUAAAAACAAUGCUCUGUUUCCAUCAAGUACUCUCCCUCUUGCCUGAGCAUUGUGAACUGCCGUGGCGCAGUCGUCAGUGCAGAUUGGUCUGUGUGGUGUGAGCACGCUUCCCCUCCAAGCUUCCUGAGUUUGCACCAGUGCUCGGCAACAUUUUUGUAUUUCUUUGUGAGCGCUGAGGAAGGCAUAUAUCAAAGUACUCAGGACCUUUUCAAACAUCCUAAAUCCCCUUGUAUUUCUAUUGACCAGGCUCAGUACAUUAUACUAAUACUACUACUAUUAGACUACUACUACUAUUAUUAUUUAUAAAAAUGUAAAAGUGUUCCUCUGCUGUGGAGAUUAAAUAAUGGCCAUUGUUUUUCUUCCAAAAUGAUAUUAUAGAUAUUUAUCCAUGGAUUAAAGAAGAAUGUCUGGAUUGGUGCAACUAAAAACAACGGAAUCUGGGAGUGGGUUGAAGACACAGCAUUUAAACCUACGUAAGUGAACAGGUUCUGGAGGACUUUUUUUCUGUUGUAAUAAAUUACUUUUUACAGUCCGAUAAUCUUGUCCUCAGCCAGAUGUCUCUCUCACUCUCUGUCGAAUGGUAGCAAUUGAGCCUGGAGACUAGGUUAACCGACUGAUUCUCUAUUUUCUAUUGGAUUAUAUUAAACUCUGAUUCUCUGUGUUGUUUAUAGCUAUUGGAUGGAAGGGGAACCAAGUAACUUAAAUGACGAGGUGGCUUGUAUUGAGAUCUCACAGACGGCAUCAGACCCAUUGAAGAGUUGGAAGGUUGUAAAAUGUACUUCAAAUUACUGGGUGUGUGAAAAACCGUUCACACCGUAGUCUAAUUAUAAUAACUAAUGUAAGCCCCUAUCUUAUGGAGUUGCACUGGUUUUCCCUUUUGUUAGGCCUAACGUGUUUCUAUGUGUAUCUACAUUGAAAUAUGUAUUUGAUGUCUUUAAAGAGACCAGGGCUAUGUGGAGUUUGUCCACCGUUCAUCAGGCCCAGGGGAGUGGAACUGUGGUCUAGUAGGCUCUAACUGUGGU